CACUAACCUGUUUCUAUAUCCUGUUUGGUAAUUGGUGCUGAUCGUAGGUGUUACCAAAGAAUUACGAUUUGUGCCCCACCUAACUUCCGUAUCAAAGGCCUAUUAUCUUUAAUUCAUUUAACCAAAAGGAGAACAAUAACAUUAAUGGCGACUGCUUUGUUCCUUAAAGGAGGAUGUGCCUUUGAACCAGAAGGGUCUGGGAGGGGUAUAUAUAGAAAGAUGCUAGUAGUUCAAGUUAGAGGUUAUAUAAAUAUUGAAUCUAGCAAGACGAAGAGUACUAUCUUAUACCAACAACAUCUAGAAGUCAAGAAAUUUCGCUUUCCCUGUUUAUCUUGCAAAGCUUGCACUGACGUUUAAUUAUUGGAAAGAGUGCGAUUCAUAGAUUCUCAAGAUGAAACUUGUACUUCUCCUGGCAGGAUUAGCUGCUUUAGCGAAGUGCAGCCUCGCAGCUCCAGCUGGUGCGCAAAAGGACAUACCGAUGGAGACCUCCGCUCCAGAGAAACCUUCAGAAGCCACGACUCCAGGACUCCUAAAGACACCCAAACCAGAGCCUAAGGAUGAGGAGCCGACUCCUGGAGCUUUCCAAGGAGACAUGAUGUUAACAGAUGAUCAGCUGAGAAAAGUUGAAGAGGCCAUCGAUGAUCAGAAGGCUGGUCGUAAGAAGAGAAAAGCUACCAUUUAUGAAAGCCAACGCUGGUCAUACAAGAUCAUCCCUUACGUCAUUGAGUCGUCCUCCAGUGGUCAGUCGAGCUUGAUCCGCUCUGCCAUGGACCACUGGGAACAGAACACCUGCCUGAGAUUCGAACCUCUGACCUCGUCGCAUUCGAGUAGACUGGGACACACCUCCUACAUCUCCUUCUUCAGGGGUAACGGAUGCUGGUCUCACGUGGGAAGGUCUUUCACCAAUCAACAACAGAUCUCUAUCGGACCCCAGUGUGGUUAUUUCGGCACCAUCGUUCACGAGAUCGGACACGCCAUCGGGUUCCAUCACGAACAGUCUCGACCAGACAGAGACGAAUACAUCAAUGUCAACUAUGAAAAUGUUCAGCAGGGUCGCGAGCAUAACUUCGCCAAGUACACAUGGGGUAGUGUAACAAGCGGCAAUGUCGAGUACGAUGUCGGGUCCAUUAUGCACUAUGGUGGAUAUGGUUUUUCGUCAAACGGUCGGCCAACCAUCACGACCAUUGAUCCUCGUUUGAAUAGUCGCCUCGGUCAACGAACCGCUCUCAGUUCCGCCGACAUCGAGCUCGCAAACCGCAUUUACGAGUGCGACGAUGUCGAAGACUGUUCCAAUGCGGAUGAAUGCCUGAACGGUGGCUACCACGAUGCGGACUGCGAUUGCGUGUGUCCUUCGAGUUAUAGCGGUGACUUGUGUCAAGAUGGCGGCCCAACCGUACGACCCGCAGACUGUUCCUAUAGAUUUACUGAGAUGACGGGAGAAAUUACUUCUCCUAACUACCCCAAUAACUACGACGAUAACACGGCUUGUGUGUAUGAGAUCGAGGGACCGUAUGGAAGCACGAUCGAGCUGACUUUCCUCGACAUGGACAUCGAAACCGAGACUUUGUGUCGCUACGACGCCGUCGAGGUACGCAAAGACGACAUCAACAGUAUCGGAGAGAAGUUCUGUGGUAACAUCCUACCUCCUGUCCAGAUCUCUAGUAGCAACCAGAUGAUGGUUUCCUUCACAUCGGAUCCGAGUAUCACUAGGCGUGGCUUCAAGGCUACUUACGUCAUCAUCAUACAGACGACGACUGUUUUCUCAACGACCACAUUACAGACGACACCUCCCUCAACGACCACAUUACAGACGACUAAUCCCUCAACGACCACUCUGCAGAAGACCGAUACUCCAGUGAUCGGUUCAUGCGGUGGAACGUUCGUUGGUGUCGAGGGGAGAGUGGCAUCGCCCAACUAUCCUAACGACUACGAUAACAGCCUUCAGUGUGAUUACGUGAUCGAAGUGGAUGACGGUCGUCGAGUUGAGCUCAUCUUCGAAGACUUUGGCCUUGAGGAUGAAACCACUUGCCGCUGGGACUCGCUUAUGAUCAACCUCGGAGAUGGAAUCAAAGUUGGCAUGAAGAUGUGUGGACGUGAGUAUCCAGCCGCUUCCUUGGUGUCGAUUGGUAACAGGAUGGAACUAAAGCUGAAAACUGAUGGGUCGGUUAAUGAUAGAGGCUUUGUUGCAAGCUACCGUGCAAUCGACCUCUAAAUGUAUAGAGAAGCCGAAAUUACGUGUGCUAAAACUGACUUACAAACGUGAAUGCCAAGAACAAAAAGUCAUCUUAUUAUGAUCCAAGCAGGAUGCUCUUAUAUGAUUGACAAAGAACGAAAGGUUCUCGAGAGAAAAGCUGCAUCUCCACGAAAGCAAUGUCGAGACAAAUUAUUAUGAUGACACUCCCUAGUGAUGCGGCCAUCUAGUUUGGUGAUAAACCUAUUUAUGUGUUCAUCAUUUAUACAUUGAAUGCCAGAUGAAAUUUCUAUAUUUUUAGUGAAGGUGCUGUUUCUUUUUGUUUUCAAGUUCAGCAUAUAGCUUCAAAUAAUAUUUUGAUCGCUUAUAAAUAUGCUGGCUGGCCACAGCAUGUAGAUUGAAAUCCCGAGUUGAUAUUGUUUUCAAAUUGCAACCACAACACCGUCGAUCUAGCUUAUGCACUUGUAAGACGUAUAAAGUCGCCGUUAUUCCUAAAUAUAUAAUAGGCCAGGUUAUUAUUAUAGGAGUUUUGUUGUUCAACUAAAUAUUAAGAUGCAUUUACUUUGUAUUACAGAUAUAGUUUUAGAGACCUUAAUUAUAACAGGCAUGAUUAUUAUGAUUAAGCAACUAGCCGUGGAUGGAUCAGGGCAAUGAUUUUUUGUAAUAUAUAUGUAUUUUUAAUGUGCUAUUUAUUCCUCGUACUGUGAUUGUAUUUA